AUGUUAUCUGUCUCGUUGACAAAUACAAACCAAACAGAAAACCCCGAAUCAGUACUAAGUAAUGAUCCAAUCAGUUACACUGAAGCUAUGAGUAGACCAGACUCGGAAUUGUGGAAGCAGGCAACAAGAAAUGAAUGGGAAUCGCUUCUGUUGAAUAAUACAUUUGAACUUUCAGGCUAUCAGCCCCAGCACGCAAAGGAAGGCGAAUCUCAAAACAAUCAAUCAGGUAUACCAUUCGGAAUCCAUGCAAUAGGGAGCAAAUGGGUAUACAAAAGGAAGCUGAAUCCAGAUGGUACGACACGAUACAAAGUGAGAUUGGUAGUCAAAGGCUAUGAGCAGGUUGAAGGAAUCGAUUUCAAAGAGACUUAUGCACCCGUUUCGAAACUUACAACAGUACGCAUGCUCUUAAACCUAGCGGCAAAAUAUGACUGGCGAGUGGACCACCUUGACGUCGUCACCGCCUUCCUUAAUCCGAAGAUAGACAGAGAUAAUGUCUAUAUGUCAUUGCCACCUGGUAUCGACUGGCUGGACCCUGAUUUGUAUCAGAGCUCAAUACAUUGUGUUCGACUACUGAAAGCCCUAUACGGUCUUAAACAAGCACCCAGACUCUGGUACGAAGAUAUUAACCAAUUUCUACUAUCAAUCGGUUUUGAGCAAUCCACGACCGAUCCAAAUCUAUAUAUUCAACAUAGCGUACUACUACUACUCUAUGUGGAUGAUAUACUACUCGUAUCUACUGGCAACAAUGACAGCAGCAGUGAUAUCAAAGAGAAAAUCCAAAACCGAUAUCAAACAAUGGACCUAGGACCAGUGAAACGAUUUCUUGGCCUGGAAAUUGAGAGGGACGUUAAACAAAGGUCAAUCACACUAUCACAGAGCGAAUACAUCAAAAGUAUUCUCAACCGCUAUCAAAUGCAGUCUUCCCAUUCUGUUUCAAGCCCUAUGGAUCCAAAUAUCGAUCUCAACAAUCUAAAUUGCCACGACAAAUUUGUUGCGGACAGAAAUCUCUAUCUUUCAAUUGUCGGAUCCCUCAUGUAUGCAGCUCUGGGAACCCGGCCGGAUAUAUCGUUUGCUGUUACUGUUCUAAGCCGUUAUAAUAUUCAACCACUGCAAAUGCACUUGACAGCGGCAAAAAGAGUACUCCGAUACCUCAAAAGUACAGCACACUACAAAAUUCACUUCAUUGGUCAGCAGGCAUCUUCAGAAAUCGAAAACAGUUUGGGGAUUUGUGGCUAUACGGACUCUGACUGGGCAGGCAACACCUUGGACAGAAAGUCAGUAGGUGGCUGUAUCUUUACUGGCAACGGUAUUACUGGCGGGCCAAUUCUAUGGCAGGCAAAAUCUCAAACUGUGGUGGCUCUAUCCACACUGGAAGCCGAGUAUAUUGCAUGUUCGGACGCCACCAGAGAAGGACUCUGGCUUCGACGUCUUCAUCAAGACAUAAUCAGUUCAAUAAACUCCCAAGUGACUCCGAAUAAUGAACCAAUACCGAUAAUGUGUGACAAUCAGGGAGCACUCAAAUUGAUUGAAACCGGCGUAGUGAAGCAAAAGACUAAGCACAUUGAUGUCAAGUUCCAUCACUCCCAUCAUGAGCAGAAAGCCGGCAAUAUCAUAUUCAGAUACAUACCUUCAAAUGAGAAUACAGCAGAUCUCUUGACAAAGGCUCUUCCAGCUCCUCGUCAUCAACAGCUAACAAGAAUGAUCAACAUCUUCUAA